GUCCCUCGCCUCAGUGUGAGGCGUAUAGUCGAGCCGAACGGGUCACAAAUUCACAAUGGUGAAUAAACAAAUGUGUUUAGAACUUAUUAAACUAUUCAAGAGUCACAGAUUGCUAUGGGACCCUAUGAAUACACAUUUCUAUCACAAGGAGUUGAAGGAACAGGCGUGGAAAGAUAUAAGUUGUAAAAUGAAACUACCGGUCAACGAAGUUAAAAGAAAGAUCACGAAUUUACGCGGUGUACUGAGGAAGGAAAGAUAUAGAUGCCGUGAAUUUAACAAAACAGAUGGUGUACCUUAUGAAUCCAGAUGGUUUGCAUUCAAACAUCUAUCUUUUCUAGAAGACUUAAGAUAUCACCAACCAAGGGACACAAGAAACGAACCUUCUUCGACAGCAACGUUAAAAGUGGGGAAAACAGAACCUGAAUCGGAUUCCAAUACAGAAAAUGAGAAAGAAGAAGAAGAGGCUGCCAACAACAGUGAAAGUGACAUGCCUCUCGCCUCAGCCACAGUAUGGAUGCAUGGUGGACAGGAAACUCCAGAAGAACCCCAGCAACCCACCAUAAAAAAACGCAAAAUAAUUAGGAAAGUCAUUAGACAAGCAAAGAGACUCAAAAGUGAAGAGUAUUGUUACAAACCAGAUAAUACUUAUGAUGCAUUCGGUAGAUUAGUAGCUAGUGAAUUAAGAAAAUAUGAUAAUCACACUCUCGCAUAUGUUAAGAAGGCCAUCAUGGAUAUUAUAUUUCAAGCUGAUACGGGCAGUCUUCCUGCAGUCUCAAUUGAAUAUAGCAAUGAAUAUUAGGGUAAUAUUAUACAUUAAAGUAUUAUGUAAAUUAUUAUUAAACUGAAUAGAAGUCUGA